GCUGGUUUGGUUUCCUACCCAUUAUUAUAUUGUUGCUCCUCACUCCGAUCCUUUGAUUACACAUACACACACACAAUAAUGGCUUCCCAAACCCAAUCAUCAUUACUUGGUAUCCUUGCAGCAGCGCAAGCUCUCCUACUACUUAUCCUUUGAUUACACAUACACACACACAAUAAUGGCUUCCCAAACCCAAUCAUCAUUACUUGGUAUCCUUGCAGCAGCUCAAGCUCUCCUACUACUACUACUACUUAUCCUUUGUUCGCAAUCCACCCGGGGGCAACCGCUUGCGGAGUAUAACAUCGGCAACUCCUCCUCCUCUAUUUCCUGGACCAACAGUAAUAGUAACUACUCCUAUGUCGCAAAUCAUUCGGAUGGAGUUGGAUUAUCCAGGCUUAUCCUGUUCAGACAAAUCACUUCUUCUACCAGCCUCACAUGUGGCCUAAUCUGUGAUGACGUGGGCACUUCAUGCCUCUUCGGUGUCUUUUUUUACAACUCGACUGAACAGUACCAGUAUCCAAUUUGGUCUGCUAUCCAGAAGCGAAUUGUGACAGUAAAUGCAAGCGUGGAACUGAGGCGAGAUGGAGGGUUGUUUCUCAUGGACUCUGAUGGAUCCCUAGUUUGGUCCACGCACACCAAUACCAAUGGGAGUCGUGUCGUCUCCGGUUUGAAUUUGACGGAGGAAGGAAAUCUUGUCAUUUUUGGACAAAAUAAUGAAACCAUUUGGCAGUCUUUUGAUUAUCCAGUGGACGUUAUACCACCUCAGCGAGCUGGGCAAGUAAAAAAUCGCAGGGCAAUGGAGCUUAUCUACGGCAGCAUAUCAACUUCAAACUAUGGACAAGAUGGGGUUCCAUUAUCUGUAGUUCUCCUGUUCCGUCAUGGCAGCAUUCAUUAUGAUGGUGCGACAAUGUAUGCGUGUGGCUUAAUCUGUGAUGACUUAGGCACUACCUGCCUCUUCGGUGUCCUCUUAUUCCAUCAAACGUAUAUACCCGAUGAAUUAAACUUGGAUUACCAGAGUCUAGUUUGGUCUGCUAACCGGAACCAUCCUGUUACAGUUAAUGCAACCGUGGAACUCAGGCCAGAUGGAGGCUUGGUUUUGAUGGACUCUAAUGGAACAGUGGUUUGGUCCACACACACACACACUAAUGGGAUUGGGAGUCCUGAGGCCUUGGGUUUGAAUUUGACGGAGAAUGGAAACCUUGUCAUUUUUGGCAAAAGUAAUGAAACCAUUUGGCAGUCUUUUGAUCAUCCUACAGACACCCUACUACCUGGGCAAGUACGCAGGGGACAGACGCUCAAAGCCAGCUUAUCUACAUCAAACUUUGAAGAAGGUUUGUAUUCGCUCAACAUUGGUGAUGACUAUUUGACUCGUGCUUAUUUACGCUCCUCUAAUGCCUACUGGUAUGGGUAUGGUAUAAGAGUAAAUCUUUCAGAAUAUUAUUUGCAAACCAAUACAUCCCUCAAGUUUGAGCCUGAUGGGCAUUUGAGAGCGUAUACUCAUUCGUGGAAUGAUGCUACUGAAUCGUGGAAUAAUGCUGAUGAUGUUUUUGCACCUUCAAUUGGUUUUUGUGGAUACCCAUUGGCUUGCGGAAGAUACAGUGUUUGUGAGGGUGAUCAAUACUGUAAUUGUCCUCCUGAACACAACUUUUUCACGCAAAUAAACACUGGUCAUCCAAACCAAGGAUGUUCUUUAAGUACUCCCAUUUCGUGUGAACAUUCCCAACUUCAUAUUCUUCUGGAGAUGAAGGAUACUACUUAUAUUGGUGACUAUUUGUUGAGUGACGAGUUAGGUGACUACACGGAUUUAGAAAGUUGUAAACAGGCAUGCUUAAGGAACUGCUCCUGCAAAGCAGCUCAUUUUAAUGGUUAUUCAAAAGGAUACUGUUUAUUGCUGAAUGAAGUUUUCUCCCUUGUGACCAUGAACGGAAGCGCCAUGGCUGUUUAUCUAAAGGUGCAAAAUUCGUCUACAACCGUCACAACCCUACAGAGUCGUAAUCCAUGGAUUCUGCAGAGGCAUGCCAAAAAGAUUUUGGGGACUAUUGGUGCUUCCAUCGCUGUUGUAUUAACAAUAAUCAUCGCCAUUUAUUUAUCCUUGGCUAGAAAGAAAAAAGUUCAGCUCGAAGAAGAUGAUGAGGAGGCGUUUUUGGAUGGUGUGCCGGGUUUGCCCAUGCGAUUUUCUUAUCAAGACUUGAGUGCUAUGACCCAAAAUUUCUCUAGGAAACUAGGGGAAGGAGGAUUUGGUUCUGUCUUUGAAGGUGCACUGCGCCAAGACACUAAAAUUGCAGUUAAGUGCCUCAAGGAAGUUGAUCAAAUAAAGAGUUCAUUUCUGGCGGAAGUUGCAUCAAUAGGAAGCAUGGAUCACGCCAAUCUAGUGAAACUAAUAGGGUUUUGUGCUGCAAAAUCACAGAGACUUCUGGUGUAUGAACACAUGGCCAAUGGCUCUUUGGAUAAAUGGAUUUUUAAUUGGAAGCAGCAGCUGGAACAUGGUCUCACUUGGCAAACCAAAAAGAAAAUCAUGUUAGACAUUGCCAAAGGGUUAGCAUAUCUUCACGAAGAUUGCAACCAUAAGAUCAUUCACUUGGACAUCAAACCUCAGAACAUCCUCUUGGACCAAAAUUUCAACGCAAAAGUUGCAGACUUUGGUUUGUCAAAGCUGGUAGCAAAAGACCAGAGCAAAGUGGUCACAACAAUGAGAGGAACUCCAGGCUACAUAGCCCCAGAAUGCUCGAGCUUGAUUAUAACGGAGAAAGUAGAUGUGUACAGCUUUGGGAUCGUGAUGUUAGAAAUUGUUUGCGGGCGGAAGAAUGUGGACUGGGAUCAGGCUGAGGAAGAAGAAGUGCAUUUGCUGAGUGUGUUCAAGAGAAAAAUAGAAGAAGAUCAACUGGGAGACAUGUUGGAUAUGUACAACAGAGAUUUGGAAGUGCCGAAAGAAGAAGCAAUAGAGAUGAUGAGGGUUGCUGCUUGGUGUUUACAGAAUGAUUUUAGCAAGAGGCCAUCCAUGUCAGUGGUGGUGAAGGCAUUACAAGGUUUGGCAACGGUUGAUAAUAACUUAAACUUGGAUUACAACUUCAGUAAUGAGGAGGGGGAAGCAGCUCUUGAUGCUACCAGCAAUACAGUAUUAAUUCCAUCAAUUUUAUCUGGGCCAAGGUGAACUGCCUGCUUAAUCCAUUAUUCUGUCACAACAUAAUAAAGCAAAUUAUUAGAUAGUGGCCUGGGUAUCAAUUUCCUGUUAAUCUUUUUAAUUUGCUACAAUUUACACCUUUAGCUUUGUAUAAUUCUAUUUGUGUAUGAUGUACCUAAUUCCGACUGA